AUGAGUAAAAAGGUGAUCCCAUUAGAGAAGUUGGAAGAUACUCUCGCAGACUUAUUUGCUCUGUCAGACGGCGAAAACUCCGAAAACGGCAAUGAGAGUGAUGAAGACGAGAAUGAAGCAGUUUUCUCAUCAUUUACCAGUACAGAACCUGAGGAUAUUUUAGUUGGAUCUGGUCUGAAUGAAUCACAGCCAACAACAUCAACAGUUUCGAUUCUUUCGUCAUCUUCUAAUAUGGAUAUAUCUGCCACACAUGAUAGUAUUACAGGUAGUACUCAACCUACUCCCUCUAAUUCUAGAAUGUCUUCAAUCACAAGACCUGUUACACCUGUGGUUACACAAGCUGAUGACACGGAUAACUCGGAAGACAGUUCAGAAGAUAACUCGGAAGAUGAUGGCGAUGAAGAGUGGAAAAAAGUGCAGUUUCCACACAUUCCGCCUACUGAGAAAUUUGAUGAAAUUUUACUGCGACCAUCACAGUUUUUUCCUAAUCGAAGUUCUCCUCGGACAUAUUUCAAUGUUUUUUUCAAUGAUGAAGUCCUAUUGAACAUAGUUGAUCAGACAAAUUUAUACGCAGCCCAAAACCGACAGAAAGAUUGGGAUAUUGUAACAUUGCAGGAACUAAAAGCUUUUUUUGGUAUUUUGAUACUUAUGUGCAUUCACGUACUUCCAAAUAUAUCUCUCUACUGGUCUUCCGAUCCUAUGUUCCGUGUUGCAGAGAUUGCUAAUGUUAUGACAGUGAAGAGAUUUAAAAAGAUUUUAGCAAAUUUACACCUAAACGACAACAGUCAAAUGCCCAAGAGAGGUGAAGAAGGUCUGACUGGAUAUUUGUAUCAGUUCGAGAUUUAUACUGGAAAAAAAGAUGACGCCACUACAGAGGUUGGAUUAGGAGCCAGUGUGGUAAGAGAUCUAUCAAAAAAUCUUAUUGAUGAAAAGGUUGAGAAUACUCACAUCGCUUUUGAUAAUUUUUUUGCGUCCCAUGAGCUAUUACAGUACCUAUUUGAUAAUAUUUAUGCAACUGCAACUGUACGCGCAGAUCGUACAAACUUGCGCAAACUUAUAAAAAACCAAAAAAAAAAGAAAGAUGAACCUAAACCGCCUCCUCUGGUACUGGCUAAAGGAGAGUACAAAUGGCGAGUCAACCAGAACGUCGCAGUUUUUGUAUGGAAAGACACUAAAUUGGUGUAUGUAUUGAGUACUGCUUAUCAUCCCCGUCAGAAAACAACAUGUAGAAGAACGCAGAAGGAUGGUUCGAAGUCUGACGUUUCUUGUCCCAUAGGAAUCCUGGAGUAUACCAAAAGAAUGGGAGGAGUUGAUAGAUUUGACCAGAAGAGAGGUACAUACUCCAUCUCAAGACGUAGUAAGAGAAGGUGGAUGCGAAUAUUUUACUUUUUGGUUGAUUCUGCCAUUACAAAUGCCUAUAUAAUAUACACCCAAAAUGACAGAGUGCACAACCCUAUGACCUCCUUGCAUUUCCGCACCGUGCUCGCACGUAACCUGAUAGACAACUUCAGCUCCAGGAAAAGGACUGUGGCACAACCACCCAACUUUGUAACUAAAAAACCAAAAGGGCCAACAAGUAGACAGAAGGCCAUUCACAGAAUACCUGAUGAACUGAGGUUGAAUGAUGUGGGGUCUCACAUGCCAAUGGAACUACCCAAAUACAGAAGGAACAAUGGAUCCAUUUCAAAUCUCAUCCCCUCUACUUCUGGUUCUGUAGACGAAUUGGAAAAGAUAUUACAGACUUGGAAAGAUCUUUUGGAAGGUGAUUCCGGAUAUCCCUUGGAGCCAUGGCUCCUCACACCGAUCCUUAAUGCUGAAGAAAACACACCUCAAAGUCGAUAUACCAACACCCAUAUAAGGUCAAGGAACAGUAUUGAGAGGUGUUUCGGUGUUCUUAAGUCAAGGUUUCGAUGCUUACUAAGAAAAAUGGAGUAUGAACCAACAAAAGUAGGCUGCAUUGUAAAUGCAUGUGUAGUUUUGUCACACAAUGUGUGCAUAACAGCAGAACGUAGUUUUCCCGACAUAGUUGAUGAAGAGGCUUUAGCACCAGACGCGAGUACAGCAGAUCAUUAUAGAGAGAUACAAAAUAUAUGUGCGGGGCCUUGA